UUAUAAUAAAAUUUUAUUUUAAAUUAAAAUGUUUAAAUUUUUUGCUAUUAUUUUAGUUUCAUUAUUAGCUUUCUCCAGUGCUACAAAUGUUAAAAAAUGUAAAAAUGGAGAGCCGUUUCCUUUAAGUGUUGACAUAGAAGGUUGUGAUGAGCCACCAUGUAUUGUUAUUAAAGGCACUACAGCCGUUAUGAAUGUGCACUUUUUGGGCACUAGAGAUCAUACACGCAACUUGACCGCCAAAGUACAUGCCACCACAAUGGGCAUUACCGUUCCCUACGAAUUACCCAAUGAAGUAGCCGAUGUUUGUUCGAAUUUAAUGUAUGAGGCCAUCUGUCCUAUUUAUGAAACAGAAGAUGUGGUUUAUAAAUUUAACUUUUACAUUGAUUCACUUUAUCCGGAAAUUUCGGUAGCCGUGGAAGUAUCAUUGAUUGAUGAACGUGAUGAGUCGGUGGCAUGUUUCAUUUGUAAUAUUAAAGUUAGAAAGGGUGCCACAAAACCUUUGAUGUUGGAAUAAAUAUAAUUUUAAUUCAUUGAUUAUUAACACGAGAGAUGCAUAUCACUGCAUCAGUGAUGUUUACACAUAAAAUUACUUACAUACACAUAUUUUUUUUUUGUUAAUUUAUUUUUUUUUUUCUUUAUUAAUUUCU